UCGAACGCUCCAACGUUCACAUUCCACCACCUCACCUCACUCCCCGACCAGCUCCUCGAGUAUUUUACCGCUCAGACCGGCCGGCCACCGCCACCUCACUCCCCAGCGCUCAGACCAACCGAGCCACCACCCAGAGACCGUUCCUCGGACGCCGUGCCCACCUCCCUCCUCCCUCCGUCCUCGAGCUCGACACCCCCACACCUCACCUCGCCGCUCAGCUCCCAACCAGAAGCACACACGACUCGCACGGCCACGGAGUGAAGCCAGCAAGCCGCGCGAGGAGGAGCAUGUCCGUGGCGCAAUCCUAGCUGCCCAUUUCGUAUUCUUCCACGGCCGGACGCAGCAAUGGUGGCCGGCAGAGUCAAGGCGGCCAUGGGCUUCCAGCGCAGCCCGGCCACGCCCAAGACAUCCUCCCGCAAGGCGCCGGCACCGGCGCCGGCGCCGUCGCAGAACACCGCCCCUGUCCCGGCGGCGGCGCGGCCGCAGACGCCGACGCCCGGGCGGCGGCCCUCGGGCUCACCGGCCCCGCCCAGCUCGGGGGGCAAGGGCGGCGGCAGCUCCUUCGCGCGCUCCUUCGGGGUCUACUUCCCGCGCUCCUCCGCGCAGGUGCGGCCGGCGCGCGCGGCCACGGCGCCCGAGGCCGCCGAGCUCGCCCGCCUCGUCGAGGAGCUGCAGGAGCGCGAGUCCCGCCUGCGCACCGAGCUGCUCGAGCACAAGAUCCUCAAGGAGACCGUCGUCAUCGUGCCCUUCCUCGAGACCGAGCUCGCCGCCAAGAGCAGCGAGCUCGGCCGGUGCAGGGAUGCCAUGUCACGGCUCCAGGCCGAGAACGCCCGCCUCCGCGCCGAGCUCGACGCCGCCGUGGCGAAUGUCUCCAGUAAAGAGCAGAGGAUUGCCGAGAUGGAGAGGCGGAUGGCGGAGAUGGCGAGGCCCCAGCGAGGUGGCGCCGACGAUUGCUCGUCGUCGGACGGCUCCAUGGCGGGAGGAGGCGACACGGCGGCUAAGCCAGCGAGCAAGCCCGUUCUUCCUCCUCCUCCACCACCACCUCCGCCGCCGCCAAUGCCGGCACACGCCAAGCCCAAGUCCUACUUCUCCGGCUCAUCCCGCGCUUCGCCGGCCAACUCGUCCUCAUCCGGCUCAUCGACGCCGUCCUGCUCGUCCGACACGGCGGCAUCCACGGGCCGCAAGCCGGAGCUCUCCAAGCUGCCCCCGAUACCCCCGCCACCGCCGCCGCCCCCACCGUCAAUGCCGGCGCGAGCAACCCGGAGCGCGAGCGCGAGCUCGUCCCCGUCGACCUCAAGCGGCGCCGCGCCGGCGCCCCCGCCCCCGCCUCCCCCGCCGCCGCCCUCGGGCCCGUGCGUGCGGCGCGUCCCCGAGGUGGUGGAGUUCUACCACUCGCUGAUGCGGCGGGACUCCAAGAGGGACUGCGGCGGCGGCGGCGCAUGCCCCGAGGCCGGCGGCACGGGCGGCUCCGGCGCCGCGAACGCCCGGGACAUGAUCGGCGAGAUCGAGAACCGCUCCUCCCACCUCAUCGCGAUCAGGUCGGACGUGGAGAGGCAGGGCGACUUCAUACGCUUCCUCAUCAAGGAGGUGGAGGGCGCCGCGUUCGCCGACAUCGACGACGUCGUCACCUUCGUCAAGUGGCUCGACGUCGAGCUCUCCCGCCUCGUGGACGAACGGGCGGUGCUCAAGCACUUCGACUGGCCGGAGCAGAAGGCGGACGCGCUCCGGGAGGCGGCGUUCGGCUACCGCGACCUCAAGAAGGUCGAGGCCGAGGCGGCCGCGUUCUGCGACGAUCCACGGCAGCCCUGCGCUUCUGCUCUCAAGAAGAUGCAGGCCCUGUUUGAGAAGUUGGAGCAUGGGGUGUACAGCCUGUCCCGUGUGCGCGACGGCGCCAUGAACCGGUACCGAGGGUACCAGAUCCCAUGGGAGUGGAUGCAGGACACUGGAAUCGUCAGUCAGAUCAAAAUCCAGUCAGUGAAGUUGGCAAGGAAGUAUCUGAGAAGGGUUUCCUCCGAGCUCGAGGCUACGCAAGGUGGCCCUGACGAAGAAGAGCUCAUGCUUCAGGGAGUCCGGUUCGCCUUCAGAGUACACCAGUUCGCGGGUGGAUUCGACGGCGACACGAUGCGGGCCUUCCAGGAGAUCAAGGAGAAGGCGAACGCGCUCCAGUCGCAGCGCGACCAGCAGCACCUGCAACAGCAAAGGCUCGCCGCUGGCAGAAGCUGAGACCUGAGAGUACCUACCAUAUACUGUUCGUUGUCAGAGGAAAGUUCAUAUGUUUCCUGUAACGAAAACACUUUCACACAAUUUAUCAUCAAUGAACACUUCUUCGUUCUCACUGAA